GACUGUAACAAUAGGCUCAGCUGGAAGAAUAGGAAGAACAAAGAACCGAGAGAGAAGAUAAUCGAAUCGAUCAUGGCAGGAAGAUUGACGAACUCAGCAUCAAGGAUCUUGGGUGGAAACGGCGUCGUUCUCCGAUCUGUAGCUUCCUCUCUCCGCCUCCGUUCCGGCAUCGGUCCCCCCGUCGGCAAACACAUCGUCCCUGACAAACCCCUUCCUGCGAAUGAUGAACUUGUGUGGGAUAAUGGUACUUCAUUACCCGAACCCUGUAUAGAUCGCAUUGCUGAUACUGUUGGAAAGUAUGAAGCAUUGGCCUGGCUCUGUGGGGGAUUGAGUUGUUUUGCGUCUCUGGGAUUGUUGGCAGUGUGGAAUGAUAAAGCCUCCAAGAUUCCAUUUGCACCCAAAGUGUAUCCAUAUGACAAUCUGGCAGCGAGGAUUUGUAAUCAACCAUAGGUAUAUGCAAGGCAAUGAUGGAAUGGACUUCUUGUUUGAUGAACUUGUUCUUUUUUCGUUUGUUCUCUUCUGUAGUUAAAAAUAAUGGAUUGUGGAAGACAUGCUGAAACUAACCACAGGAAUGGAUGAGCCGAAUCUGGUUGUUCCUUUAAAUCAUUCUCAUACAGUCAUACUUACGUUGGUUAUUUUGAGGGGUGAAAUUAAUCAAAUUAUGCUCAAAUCAAGAGCGGAUA